AUGACAAACAUUACGAAACUUAAGUUUGCUGCAUUUGACAUAUCUGGUAAAAAUUAUCAGUCAUGGAUACUGGAUGUUGAUAUUCAUCUCGUCUCAAAGGGUCUAGGAGAGACAAUAAAAGAAGGAAACAAUGAAUCCUUGCAGGAUCGUGGAAAAACACUUAUUUUCCUCCGUCACCAUCUUCACGAUGGAUUAAAAAUUGAAUAUCUUACUGAGAAAGAUCCACAAGUUCUUUGGAACAAGUUAACCGAAAGAUUUGAUCAUCAGAGGUUCAAGAUCAACGUGAAAGCUAUCAAAAGUUUCGAGAUCCAUAAAGAUUUGGAUUAA